CCUAUUUAAAGUCCAAGAAUCCUCUGUUCCAACAAGAAAGAUUGAGAUCAUAUAUCCUUUCUCCUUCUUUCUACACUGCUAACCCUAAGAGAAAUGGAAAACCAAACCCAAAAUGGAGAAGAUGGAACAAGAUCAUUCCCAUGCUUAUACUGUUCAAGAAAAUUCCACAGCUCACAGGCAUUGGGAGGCCAUCAAAAUGCCCACAAGAAGGAGAGAAGUGCAGCCAGGAAGAACAAAAGGGCAAACCCCCAUGAAUAUGCCUUAAUCAACUCUCUUUCUUCAUUCCCUCAUCAAACCUCCUCACUGGUUUUCGCCCCCAACCACCACCACCACCCUCUCGGCCUGUUCACCCACCACCCUCCGCCGCUCUACAUCUCUGCCCAUUCCGCCGCGCUCUGCCAGUACCCCGGCCGGUUUGUGGCGGCGGGCGGCGGCGCAGCGGCGGCGCCGAGGUUGGAGUACCGCGGCAGCUGCUUGGUGAAUAGCAACCCUUACUUGUAUGAAGGUGAUGAUGAGCAUGGGUUUGGUGAAGAAGAAUGUCCGGUGCAGGGUGGUUUCUUAGGUGUUACUAACCACACAGAUUGUAGCAACAAGAGCCAAAAACUUGAUUUGUCUCUUCAUUUAUAGGCCAGAAAUAGGUUGUUGGUACUUGGUAGAUCAGAUCAGAUCAGAUUCAAUGUUCUUUCUCAUUUUCUAUUUUUUUUUUUUUUUUU